UUAUACCACCAACGAAGAAAUAAAAAAGAACAAGAGAUGAGUCUGCCAUGUCAUGUCAUGUCAGAAAAAGCUUUAGAAAGUCACUCUUUCUCUUUCUAUAAACAAAGUUCUUCUUUCUUUUCUUCCUCUAACCUCUCAUCUCACUCACUCCUUUUCCAUUUCCAAAAUCUUCUUCUUCCAUUGCAUUGUACUAUUGUGCGCUACUAAACCUUCCUCCCACAACCUCUUGUUGUAUUCUACUGGAACCACGCUCUCCUCUUCCUGCAUGCUCUCUCUCACUGUCAGAACUCAGAAUGAAUCUUUGAUUUCUGAAUCACCAGAAUCUAUUGGUCAAGUAUACAAACUCAAAUUCUCUGCAACACAAACAUCAUUGCAUACUUCACUUCAAAACCUAUGCAAUAACAACCAUUAACAAGGGUGGUUAUUUGGGUUAUCUUUGACUGUGGUUAGUGUUAUCAACUCAACUUGUGUAUCUUUCGAUAUGGGGUGUGUGUUAUCAAGUAUUGAUGAGGAUGGAAGAGUUGGUAUAUGCAAGGAAAGGAAGAAGGUAAUCAAACAGCUUGUGUGUAAUAGAGAGGAAUUUUCAGAUUCCCUUUUAGCUUAUUUGAAAGCACUGAGGAACACUGGCUCCACCCUCAGGCAGUUCACCGAGUCCGAUACAUUAGAAUUGGACUUUGCAUCUACUGGCCUGCCCGACCCCCCACCUUCCCCGCCGCCUAAUUUGCUACCGCCACCGCUGCCUCCUUUUCUUGCUGACAAGAGUAUGCUGCACAUUGGCCAAGAUGAAAUACUAGAGAAUGAUGACAUUGAUCCAAUUAUGAACUCGCUAUUGCUAUUUCGACCUAUGGAUAAAAUCGAAGUGGUGGAGUCAUUCGAGGAGGAGAAUUGGGAAGAAACCAAAACGGAAUUCGAAGAUGAAGUCCAUGACUCGGAAGGUGAUGCAAGUGUUAGAAGAUUACGCAGUGGAAAGCAACAGGUUAGAGAACCAGUUGAUGAUAAUGCAUCUGCCAUUUGUUUGUUUAAAAAAGAAACUCACGUUACGAAAGCUACGCCCAAGGGGGUUGGUAGAAGUGGCAAAACCUUGGAGGGUAUAGUUAAAGAGUUAGAUGAUCAUUUCCUGAAAGCAUCAGCAUGCAUAAAGGAAAUUGCUGUUCUCAUUGAUAUCAGUAGCGGAGAUACUCUUCUGCGGCAGAAUUCUGGGCGUCAUCAUAGCAAGAGAACCGAUUCUGCAAGGGUGUUUAGUGUACUGUCAUGGAGUAGGUAUACUAAGUCGCCCACAUUCACCAAAGAUGACGCCGACUUUUCUAGGCCUAGUGAACCAUGCAGGCCUGGAGCUCAUUGUGCCACGCUUAAAAAACUAUAUGCCGCAGAGAAGAAACUUUACAAAGCAGUAAAGGAGGAGGGAAUAACCAAAUUGGAGUUUGAGAGGAAGUCCUCGUCAUUGCAAAAACAAGAGGAUGAGAAUCUUGACUUGGUCAAAAUCGAAAAAAUUCGAUCAAAUGUUAAGAAGUUGGAGUCUGAUUUAAUAAGCCUCCGGCAGUGCAUCAGUGAAACAUCAUCAUCAAUUUUGGAACUUAUAGACGAAGAGCUCUUACCACAAUUGGUUGCAUUAACUGCCGGGUUGUCACAAAUGUGGAGGAUAAUGCAUGAGUGCCAUAAGUCUCAGGCUCUGAUCUCUCAGCAGUUGUGUAACCUCAGUGAUAACCAUAACACAAUUCUAAGUUCCGAACAUCAUCACCAGGCAACAAUUCAGUUCGAGAGUGAGGCCUCUUAUUGGUAUAAUAGCUUCUGCAAACUUGUAAAAUCGCAACGAGAGUACGUGGGAACUCUCAGUAAAUGGAUUCAGCUUACGAAUUGCCUCAGGGAUGGUCCUGAAAACGGCGAUCACUCUUCUAUUCGCACAAUCUGUGAACAAUGGGAGCUUGGCCUUGAUGGAUUACCUGAUAAGGAGGUCGCGGAUGCGAUAAAAAACCUUUUAAUAUCCAUCCGUUCGAUAAUUGCUCAACAGGCCGAGGAAGAUAACAUUCUGAAAAAGUUGGAAAAACUUGAAAGAAAGUUGCAGAGGUGUUCGAAAUCACUGGCUGUAAUACAGAAAAAAAUGGAAUGGAACUUCGAAGAAGAUGAUGCCGAUGUAGCUAAUAUAAGCCCGAAACAUCCACUGUUUCAAAAAAAAGCUGAAACAGAAGCCUUGAAGAAGCAAGUGGAAAGUGUGAAAGCAGAUUAUUUGGAUUCUGUUCAAUGUAGUAGGACUAUGACUCUAGAUAACCUCAGAAUUCGACUUCCUCAUCUCUUCUUGGCACUAAUGGAAUUUUCAAGUGCUUCAUCUCAAGCAAUUGAGGCUAUAAAUUCUCAGUCAAGCCAAUAGGAUGCAGUGACUUAUGACAAAACAUAUUCACUUUUGUGCUGAUAUGAACAAAUACAUGAUGUAAAUUGUGUUUCUAAAAUGUUUGUAAACUGAAACAAAAUUGCGUUUUUAACCUUUA